GAAAAAACCAAAGUGGUUGAACCCUUGGACUAUGAGAACGUGAUCCUUCAACGCAAAGUUCAGAUCUACAGUGAUCCCCUCCGGGACCUGCUGAUAUUUCCGAUCGAAGAUGUAUCUAUCUCAGUCAUCAGUCGGCAGAGAAGGACUGUCCAGUCUACAGUGCCAGAAGAUGCUCUAAAGAAAGCUCAGAGUCUCUUUGUCAAAGAGUGCAUCAAAACCUACAGCUCAGACUGGCACGUGGUAAACUACAAGUAUGAGGAAUACUCAGGGGAUUUUCGGAUGUUGCCAUGCAAAUCCUUUAGGCCAGAUAAGAUUCCAAGCCACGUGUUUGAAAUUGAUGAAGACUUUGAAAAGGAUGAGGAUUCCUCGUCCCUGUGCUCCCAGAAGGGUGGUGUGAUAAAGCAAGGCUGGCUGCACAAAGCAAAUGUAAAUAGCACAAUCACUGUUACCAUGAAGGUAUUCAAGAGGAGGUAUUUCUACUUGUCACAACUCACAGAUGGCUCCUAUAUUCUUAAUUCCUACAAAGAUGAGAAAAUUUCAAAAGAAUCCAAAGGCUGUAUUUUCUUGGACGCUUGCAAUGAUGUUGUUCAGUGUCCUAAAAUGCGCCGUUAUGCAUUUGAACUCAAGACAAUAGACAAGUACAGCCACUAUCUGGCAGCUGAAACUGAGCAGGAGAUGGAAGAGUGGCUGGUAACUCUGAAAAAAAUCAUUCAGAGCAAUACUGAGAGUUUGAUGCAAGAGAAGAAAGACACUGUGGAAUCUGUGCAAGAUGAUGAAUCAAGCACGCAGGGAAAAUCGGAGAACAUCCUGGAGAGCCUGGAGAGAAGCAUGCAUCCAGAGCUGAUGAAGUAUGGAAGAGAAACAGAUCAGCUGAACAAACUGAGCAGAAAUGAUGGAAGACAAAACCUCUUUUCUUUUGACCCAGAAGUCCAGAGGCUGGACUUCUCAGGGAUCGAGCCAGAUGUGAAGCCAUUUGAGGAAAAGUGCAGCAGGCGCUUUGUGGUGUGCUGCCAGGACUUCUCCCUCAACCUCCUCGCUCAGCUCAGCGACAGGUCGGAAGGAGGACCCACCAACGUUGAGCCGUUUUUCCUAAGCUUGGCAUUAUUUGACCUGAAAAACAAUUGCAAGAUUUCAGCUGACUUCCACGUGGACUUGAACCCUCCGUCUGUCCGUGACAUGCUGCUGGGUAACUCCGCAUCCGGAGUGGAAGACACCAAGGGACGUUCACCAGGCGAGAGCCUUGUGCACGGGGUCCCUGAGUCUUGCCUGCGCUACAUAAAACGGGGGGUUUUCUCCGUGACCGACCCACACGUGGAGAUCUUCCUGGUGGCCCGUGUGGAGAAGGUGCUGCAAGGCAGCAUUACGCACUGUGCAGAGCCGUACAUUAAAAACUCCGACCCGGGGAAGACUGCCCAGAAGGUCCAUAAGGUGGCCAGGCAGGUGUGCAGCCGUCUGGGACAGUACAGGAUGCCCUUCGGCUGGGCUGCCAGACCAGUGUUCAAAGACUCCCAGGGCACUCUUGAUGCUGAAGGAAAAUUCUCACCUCUGUACAAGCAAGACAGCGGCAAACUCUCUAACGAAGAUAUGCUGAAGCUUUUAGCAGAGUAUAAGAAACCAGAGAAGACAAAACUCCAGGUCAUUCCAGCCCAGUUGAAUAUUGUCAUCAAAGACAUCCCGCUAGACUUCACAAAUUGUGUCACAGCUUCUUAUAUUCCUAUAAAGCCUUUUGAGAAGAGCUGUGAGGACAUUGCAGUUGAAGUGGAGGAGCUUGUCCCAGAAGUUGCAAAAUACUGUUAUCCCUUCACAGUCUACAAAAACCACCUCUACGUCUACCCCUUGCAUUUGAAGUACGAGAACCAAAAAGUGUUUGCAAAGGCAAGGAAUAUUGCUGUCUGUAUUGAGUUCAGGGAUUCAGAUGAAGCUGAUGCCAGGCCGUUAAAGUGUAUAUAUGGCAAACCUGGAGGCCAUCUCCUGACCACAAACGCGUAUGCUGUCGUGCUGCAUCACAACCAGAGUCCAGAGUUCUAUGAUGAGAUUAAAAUUGAGCUUCCAAUUCACCUCCAUCAAAAGCAUCAUUUGCUUUUCACCUUCUAUCAUGUCAGCUGUGAAAUUAAUACAAAGGCAACAUCGAAAAAACAGGACACCGUUGAAACUCAAGUGGGAUAUGCCUGGGUCCCGUUGCUGAAGGAUGGACGGAUUGUCACCCUGGAGCGACAUUUGCCGGUUUCAUCCAACCUUCCACCUGGCUACCUAGGUCUCGGGGACACAGAGUCACGAAAGCAGCCCAGCGUGGAUGCAAAGUGGGUGGAUGGAGCAAAGCCACUGUUUAAAAUCAGAAUCCAUUUGGACUCCACCAUUUACACCCAGGACAUGCACUUGCACAAAUUCUUCCAGUACUGCCAGCUGGUUCAGGCAGGAGCUAAGGAAGUGCCAGGAGAGCUUAUUAAAUACCUAAAGUGUUUGCACGCCAUGGAGAUCCAAGUAAUGAUUCAGUUUCUACCUGUAAUUCUUAUGCAACUAUUUAGAGUUCUUACAAAUGUGACCCAGGAAGAUGAAGUAGCUGUCAACUGCACCAUGGUUCUUCUGCACAUUGUGUCCAAGUGCCAUGAAGAAGGUCUAGACCACUACUUGCGCUCCUUCAUAAAGUAUGUCUUUCGAGCUGAGAAACCCAGUGUCACACAGGCGAAGAUGACCCAUGAAAUCCUGGUCCUUUCCAUGGCCACGAUCUUGAAGCAGUCAGCAGAUUUUCUAGCCAUCAAUAAGCUACUCAAGUACUCGUGGUUUUUCUUUGAAGCACUGGCGAAGUCAAUGGCAAUGUACUUACUGGAAGAAAACAAAAUCAAGCUGCCCAGAGGCCAGCGGUUCCCCGACUCCUACCAGCACGCCCUGCAUUCAUUGCUGCUCGCCAUCAUUCCUCACGUCACCAUUCGCUAUAACGAAAUCCCUGAAGAAUCCAGGAAUGUCAACUUUAGCUUGGCUAACUUCCUGAAGCGUUGUUUGACCUUUAUGGACAGAGGAUUUGUUUUUAACUUGAUAAAUGAUUACAUUUCUGGAUUCAGCCCAAAAGACCCUAAGCUGCUGGUUGAAUACAAGUUUGAAUUUCUUCAAACCAUUUGCAAUCACGAGCACUACAUUCCUCUGAACUUACCAAUGACCUUUUCCAAACCCAAACUGCAAAGAGUUCAAGAUUUUUUUUCAUUUGCUGUGGAACGGUUCACUUCAGUAGAUGUAAAUCUUGAAUACAGUUUAACUGACGAGUAUUGCAGGCAUCAUUUCCUGGUGGGGAUGCUUCUCAGAGAAGCCUCUGUUGCCUUGCAGGACAACUACGAUAUCAGAUAUACAGCCAUCUCAGUCUUAAAAAAUCUCUUGAUAAAGCAUGCCUUCGACAACAGAUACCAGCACAAGAAUCAGCAGGCAAAAAUAGCCCAGCUUUACCUGCCUCUCUUUGGGCUGCUCCUGGAGAACCUCCAGCGCGUGGCCAGCCGCGAGGCACUCUACUCCUGUGCAGCCGCCUCCAGCCCCGCAUCCAGGGAUGAAUUCGUGUGCAGUUUUGCAUCCCCAUCAAAUAGAUCCAGCCUGAUUGCCGACAAAGAUCCAGCCUGUGGAGCAGCACUUCCCAAUGGCCAUGCAAUAAAGCGAGAGGACUCGAAAGGAUCCCUGAACUCAGAGGGGGCAACCAGUUCCCCGGAUCAGAGUGAAAAU